AUGGCUCUUCUGGCUGCUACGAGGUUUUGUAGGGCUCCAGCUCUUCAAAAAGUAUCGCUCUUGAACCAGUCCCAGAGAUACAAUGUAUACAGAACUUUCACAGAAGGAAAAGAUGCUGCUACUAGGGCUGCUAGAAGACAGAGGCAAACCCUUAAGGAAAAACUCAUGGCACCGGCUGGAGAUUCAGCUUUCAGUAUCGGAAGAGGUGCAGUAGCUGCCGGAUCUGCAAUUGGAAUAGGAGCCCUUGCUUUCUACGGAUUGGGUAUGGGUUCUCCAACUGGGACUACAGUACUCGACAAACAACACGUAUGGCCCGAGUAUGUUAAAGAAAGAAUUAGGACUACUUACAUGUACUUCGGUGCUUCGAUAGCAGUCACAGCCGCCAGUGCAUUAGCUGCUGUUAGAUCGCCAGUGAUAAUGAAUAUAGUUAUGAGAAACGGUUUGGUGGGUUUCGGAAUAAGCUUAGCUGCUAUAAUGGGUACAGGCAUAUUAGCACAGAGUUUGGAAUAUAAAGAAGGUUUUGGCCCCAAGCAAAUGGCAUGGCUUCUUCAUGCCGGAACAAUGGGCGCUAUGCUAGCUCCGAUGUGCCUCCUCGGAGGCCCGUUGUUGGUGAGAGCUGCAUGGUAUACGGCUGGUGUUGUAGGCGGGUUAAGCACAAUAGCGGUUUGUGCACCGAGUGAGCAAUUCCUGUACAUGGGAGGACCCCUGGCAAUGGGUUUGGGUGUGGUUUUCGUUUCUUCUCUUGGUUCUGCUUUUCUACCGCCGACUACAGCACUUGGAGCUGGUUUGUAUUCAAUAAGUCUCUACGGUGGUCUCAUCCUUUUCUCUGGUUUCUUACUUUACGACACGCAAAGAAUUAUAGCCCAAGCUGAGAGGUACCCGGUCAGCCCUGGAAUACAUGGCGUCAGACCAUACGAUCCGAUCAACGCUUCAAUUGGAAUCUAUUUGGAUACUAUCAACAUAUUCAUCAGGAUAGCUACAAUUUUAGCCGGAGGUGGUCAAAACAGAAGGAAGUAA